AAAAAGUUUAUUAUAAAGUUUUUAUAUUUUAAAAAAAAAGCAAAAAUGAGUGCAAAUUUUUCAGAAUUUAUGUCUAAAAAUGGGGAAAUAACUAGGCCUGAUAGUAAUAUAGGAGAUGUUGAAAAACUCGGGAAAAAAAUGGAUGUUUUGCGGGUACAAAAUGUAAAAACAGAAGAAAACAAUAAUGAGGUGAAAAAAGAGGAUUCUGUUAAUUCUGAAGUUAAAAAGGAUAAGGAGUUAUUAGAAAAAACAGAAAAUUGUCAUAAUAAUUUUGUUGAUGAUAAUGUUGAUAUUACUGUUAAAUUGGCGGAUAUACAAGGAGAUCCUAAUUCACCACUUUAUUCAGCGAAAAGAUUUGAAGAUCUUGCGCUUCAUGAGGAUUUAUUAAAAGGGAUAUAUUCGUUAAAAUUUCAGAGACCUUCUAAAAUUCAGGAAAAAGCUUUGCCUUUACUUCUUAGUAAUCCACCUAGAAAUAUGAUAGGACAAUCUCAAUCAGGAACGGGAAAAACAGCAGCAUUUUCAUUGACAGUGUUAUCUAGGAUAGAUUAUAGUAAAAAUGCAGUUCAGGCUAUAUGUUUAUUUCCAUCUAGAGAACUUGCUAGGCAAACGAUGAAUGUUAUUACUGAAAUGGGACGGUUUACACCCGUAAAAAUAGCUUUUGCUGUUAAAGAUUCUUUAGUAAAGAAAGAAAAAAUAAUAGCACAUGUUAUUGUUGGAACGCCUGGCACUGUAUUGGAUUUAAUUAUUAGAAAGUCAAUUGAUACUGAUAAUAUUAAAAUUUUCGUUCUAGAUGAGGCGGAUAAUAUGCUUGAUCAACAAAGUCUUGGGGCUCAAAGUAUGAGGAUUAAAAGUCGGUUACCAAAAACGACUCAAAUUGUUCUCUUUAGUGCAACUUUUCCUGAUGAUGUGGUAGAAUUUUCUUCAAGAUUUGCACCAAAUGCCAAUGAGAUACGGUUAAAAGUAGAGGAACUCAGUCUGGAUGGAAUAAAACAGUUUUAUAUGGAUUGCAGAGAUGAACAGCAUAAAUAUGAUGUUUUGGUUGAGUUGUAUACUUUUUUGACAAUAGGACAGUCUAUCAUAUUUGUAAGACAACGUAAUCAAGCAGACAUGAUAGCCAAGAAAAUGACGGAAAGUGGGCAUGCUGUUGUGUCACUACAUGGGGCUCUUGAUGGUUCUCAAAGAGAUUCAAUAAUGGAUGAUUUUCGAUCUGGGAAAAGUAAAGUUUUGAUAACAACCAACGUUAUAGCAAGAGGAAUAGACGUUUCACAAGUGAAUAUGGUUGUUAACUAUGAUAUUCCAUUAGAUCAUAUGAACAAACCAGAUCCUCAAACAUAUCUUCAUAGAAUUGGUAGAACAGGAAGAUUUGGACGUACUGGUGUUAGCAUAAACUUUGUACACGACAAAAAAAGUUUUGAAGAAAUGAAUCUUAUACAACAAUAUUUUGGAAAACAGAUGAUUAAAGUUCCUACAGAUGAUUUAGAAGAACUUGAAAAAAUAAUUAAGGAAGCAUUGAAGACUUAGAUAUCACAUAAUUAUUAUAUGUUUUAAUUUAUUUAAAAUGAAAU